AUGGCUGUUGACACGAGCUACCUGACCAGCCAGGUCAACAACAUUGUUGAGCAGCUCCAUGGCAUCUUCGAUGAGAUUGGAGUUCCCGCCCGUGAGCGCGACUCCCGCGAAGCGGAGCUCUUCAGCGCUCUGUCAGAGACCUUGAACAACCACCUCAAACUUGUCGAUGCAGAGAAGGACGAGAUGACACAAGAAGCUCAACGCCUUAUUACGACUAUUCAACAAAUGGAGGCAUCUCUGGGCGAUGAAAGGGCCAAUGGCCAGUAUGAGCUCAACCGGGGUGACCUUAAGGUGACCUACCCGCUUAACCGGUGCAUCGCUUUCCUGCGUGAGAAGAACGAUGCUAUGAGUCGCCUGCACCGUGAGCGCUUCGAGCAGGUUAAGAAACUUGUCGAUGCCCUCGAGUCCUACUCUUCCCACCUUGAGGCCUCAUUUCUUUGCAUUGAACUGCCUCCUACUGCCCCAGGAUCGACCAUUCCUCCCAGUUUCGAUCUCUCCCCCAACUAUGUCACCGCACUGGACUCUGAAUUCAGCAGAGUCUACGAAGAGUACCACCGACGCAUUUCAUUCGUCCAGACCACUUCUGAGGAGAUCAUCAAGCUAUGGGCUGAACUUGGAACUCCCCAAGUGCAGACAGAUUCCAACAUCGUUCAGAACUAUCGCGAAUGUCCUGAGCAGCUUGGGCUGCACGAAGCCGACCUUGCCAACCUGAUGGCCAAGCGCGACAAGUUGGUGGAAGAGAAGAAGGGACGUGAGCGCAAGAUCAAGGAUAUCCGCGCCAAUGUCGAGAGCCUCUGGGAGCGCUUCGGUGUCGAAGAGGCGGAUCGCAAGGCCUUCCUCGCCGCCAACCGUGGCUGUGGCCUUCGUACCAUAAAUGAAUUUGAAGAGGAACUCGCUCGCCUCAACGAACUGAAGAGACAGAACAUGCACCUGUUCGUCGAAGAUGCUCGCUGCCGUUUGCAGGAGCUUUGGGAUAGCCUCUAUUUCUCCGAGGAAGAGAUGCUCGACUUCACGCCUGCUUUCUCCGAUGUGUGCAGCGACGCGCUGCUUGAGGCCCACGAGGCCGAGAUUUCGCGCCUGGAAACCCUCAAGGAGCAGCGUGCCCCUACUCUGGAAAUGAUCGAGAAGCACCGCAGCCUGCUGGCAGACCGCGAGGCUCUGUCAUCCUCCAGCCAAGAUGCCUCCCGCCUCAUGGGCCGCGGCAAUAAGGGCGAGAAGCGCGACCCUGGUAAGCUUCUCAGAGAGGAGAAGAUGCGGAAGCGUAUCGCCAGAGAGCUUCCCAAGGUUGAAGUUGAGCUUCGGAAGGAGCUGGAGCACUGGGAGGAAGAAUUUGGUCGACCAUUCCUCGUCCAUGGAGAUCGUUAUCUCGACAACUUGACUCCUGCAUCAAACAGAGCACCCCCUCGCUCCAAGACUCCAUCUGCGCCUCCAUCUACAACCAAGUCGAGUGCCUCACGCCAGCAACCUCCUUCUCGCCCCGGCAGCGCUAUGCAAGGACCUCGCCCUGGUAGUUCCAUGCGGGGACCCCCUCCUCCUCGCUCUGCGACAAAGACCCCUACCGGUGCUGGUCCUGUGAAGCACAACACUAUAGGUUACGCGGGCAGCAGGUCCGGAGCGAAGUCCCCGUCCAAACUCCCGGCUCGUGCUCCAUUGAGCAAUAUGCCGCACGGAGAGAACUCUCCUGAGCGUCGGACUGGCCCUGGGUCCUACUCAUCCAGCACUAUUAAUGGAAAGAUGCCCCCGCCUCGUGGACCGCCGCCACGUAUGCGCGCAUUGACAGUUGAAUCCAAGGAGCGCAACAGUUACAUGAUGGAGCCUCCGCGCUGCAACAGUGCUAUGUCGACCGCCUUUGUCCGUCCGGUGAGCCCGGAGGACGUCUACGAUGACCGUCAGCGAUCCUUCAUGAGCGCAUCUGUCAUGGGCCACUCACGGCCGACUAAGCUCUCAUCUCACUCCUCGCAAUCCUCGAUGUCCUCUCUGAACUCGUCAUUCAAUUCCUCGAUGCAGGGAUACCCGCGAAUGAAUCCGUAUUUGAACCAAGCACCACCUCCCCCAGCUCUCCGUCAAACUUCGAACUCUACUACGACGACCACCGUUUCUGGUUCCGAGAACUGGGAAACCUUCGACGAUGCAUCCGAGGAUGAGGGUGGUGCCAGCGACAUCUACUAUUCCAAGUUGCGAGCUGCUCAAGGCAAACGUUUUGCCCCCGAUGACAGCAUGGAUAUGAUCGGCAAGAAGUCCAAGGGCAUCCGAAGCGUCAGUCCCGAUGGUCCUCACCCCGGCCAGGUCCUCCGUGUCGCGGGUAGCGACACUGAGUGGACUGACGACUUCGAGUCCUACUAA